GGAAUUGGGAAGGAAACGAAAAUCAAAGGAAAGAAGGAGACGGAGUUGGAAGGGUUACCCGAAGGAUGCAUCGCAAAAAUACUGUCCUUCGACACCACUCCUAUGGAUGUGUGUAGGCUCUCCCUUGUUUCCAAGACCUUUUAUUCUGCUGCUGAAUCCAACACUGUAUGGGAACGUUUUCUUCCCUCCAACCCCGAUUUCACCUCUAACAUUUCCUCUUCCUCUUCCUCUUCCUCUAAGAAGGCUCUCUUUUUUGCUCUUUGUGAUCGUCCCAUCAUCACCCAUCAGGGUAGAAAGAGCUUGCAAUUGGACAAACGGAGUGGGAAGAAGUGUUACAUGCUUUCCGCUAGAGAACUGCACAUUGUAUGGGGUGGUACUCCCCAAUAUUGGAAGUGGACAAACCUGGCAGAGUCCAGGUUCCAAGAAGUUGCUAGACUUAUUGCUGUGUGCUGGUUAAAACUUGGUGGGACGAUGAGCACAAGCGCCUUGUCCCCAAACACUCGCUAUGCUGUUUAUCUUGUGUUCAAGAUGAUUGAUGCCGAAGGAUUUCACAACCAUCCUGUGACCCUAUCACUGGGUAUUUUGGGAGGCCAUAGCUACUCCAAGAAUGUUUGUUUGGACCCCAACUUAGAUGACUACGAACUGGAUGAGAGAUUUCGGGGACUGGAACGCCCUCGUGUGAGGAGAGAUGGGUGGUUUGAGAUUGAGAUGGGAGAGUUCUUCAAUUCAGGCAUAGAACAUGAUGAACUGCAUUUCAGUAUCAGGGAAACAACAAGUAAUAUGUGGAAGCACGGUUUCUUUCUUGAAGGAAUAGAAUUUAGGCCUAAGUAUGUCGGAACGGUUAACUAGUUGGGCAGUUGUUAGAGUGCCAUGUUUAUAUGGCUAAAUAAAUAAAUUUCAAGUGAAUUCAUGAUCUUAUUUGAUUUUAUUAAUAUUUAUUUUU